AAUUUUAUUUUCUUAAAAUUAAGAAUGCAAAGACUAGAAUGUGCAAUACAAAAAUACAAAUGGGGCAAGAAAGGAUUAAAUGGACUCGUUGCUCAAUUAAGUGGACUAAUUAAAGUAGAAGAAGAGGAAUGCUAUGCUGAGCUUUGGAUGGGUACGCACAAAAAUGGGCCUUCCAAAAUUAAAAAUGAAGGAAUUUUGUUAUCUGAAUAUUUUGAGAAAAAUCCAAAAGUGCUUGGGGAACAUGAGAAGGGGCUGAAUUUUCUUUUUAAAAUACUUUCUGUGGGAAGUUCGUUGUCUGUGCAAUCACAUCCUACAAAGGAACAAGCAAUAUAUUUACAUUCCAAAGACCCAAAAAAUUAUCCAGAUGACAAUCACAAACCAGAAAUGGCUAUUGCUUUAACAGAUUUUGAAUUAUUGUGUGGAUUUAGAAAGUCUGAAGAAAUCUUGUCUAAUUUAAAAUUAAAUAAAGAAAUUGAAGAAAUUAUUGGGGAAGAAGAAAUUCAAAAAUUUUCAAUUAAAAAUGAGGAGGAAAUGAACAAAAAUUCUUUAAAAAUUAUUUUUACAAAAAUAUGGACAGCUCCAGAAGAGAAAAUUAAAUUUGUUUUAAAUAAAAUACUUGAACGUAUUUCUAAAAAGGAAGAAAAAACAAAUAUUGACAAUUUAAUAAUUCGUUUAAACAAUCAAUUCCCUGAAGAUAUUGGAAUUAUAGCUCCUCUAUUUUUAAAUUAUUUUACUUUAAAACCUGGAGAAGCAACAUUUCUGGGACCGAAUGAACCACAUGCUUAUUUGUUUGGAGAUUGUGUUGAAUGUAUGGCUCUUUCCGACAACACUAUCCGUGCAGGUUUAACUCCAAAAUUUAAAGAUGUACAAACUCUGUGUGAAAAUUUAACUUAUAAAAUGAGUGGUCCUCCAAUUUUUGAACCUAAAAAACUUGAAAAUGGAAUUGUUGAAUAUUCACCACCAGUAGAAGAAUUUGUGGUACAUAAAUUGGAUCAAAACAUUUCAAUCCUUCAAUCAAUCCAAGCUGCUUCAAUAAUGAUAAUUAUAUCAGGCAAAGCUUUAUUAAUUUUAGAAAAAGAAAAUUUAAAAGAAGAAAUAGUUAAAGGGGAUAUUUUGUUUAUACCACAACUUUAUGAAGCAAAAAUUGAAGAAAAAAGUGAAGACUUUUUGGCUUUUAGAACUUUUACUCCAAUUUAA